CAGCCAUCUCUUUCUCUCUGCCCCCUUCAUCUCCGUCUGAUUUUGUUUUUGCCCCUAAAUCAGCGCGGUUCUGGCCGGUGGCAGUGCUCACAGUUUGACCCCCCUCCCUGCCCUUUAUGAUGUUCCUAAGUGCCCUUGGGUCUCUGAGCUCGUUUUAGUUUUUUUGCGUGUUUUUGUGCAUCGGCUCUCCGAUUCGUCUCCAGCAGCGCACCACCGUCUGUGGACCCGAUGGCGAAGAAUACGUUGCCAUCGCGCUUCAGGAAGGUGGACGUGGACGAGUUCGACGAGAAUAAGUUCGUGGAGGAGCACGACGAAGCGACCGAGCAGCCGGGGCCGGACACCGGGGAGGUUGACAACCUCAUCAGGCAAGGAGACAUGAUGUCAGCCUUUCAUGUUGCACUAAGAAACCCUCCAAUCAACAGCAAGAAUCCAGUAAUAAAGGAAAAAGCUCAGGCGGUAGUGUUGAGAGUGCUGACAUCAUUCAAGAGCAGUGACAUAGAGCCUGCUGUCAAAUCCCUGGACAGCAAUGGUAUUGACCUCCUCAUGAAGUAUGUCUACAAAGGCUUUGAGAAGCCCUCGGAGAAUAGCAGUGCAGUUCUUCUACAGUGGCAUGAAAAGGCAUUUGCUGUUGGAGGGCUAGGCUCCAUUGUUCGAGUUAUGACAUCUAGAAAGACUAUAUGACAGCUUGGCAAAUCCUGAAAGCAUCAGAAGACAACUGUCUAUCUUACUGAAGGGAAGAACUUGUCAACGAUUGUCUCUUGGCUGGAGAAGAAACCUGUGAACUAUUUGGGAUAAAUGAAGGUGGACGUGCUAAAACAAGCAAAGCUUUUCUUUUUCAUGUGUGGAAAAAGUAAUGUGAAAGUGCUACUUACUGUGGUAUGGGAUAGAUUAUUUACAUAAAAGCUACAACAAAUUAUUUGAGAUCGAAGAAGUAGAAAGAAAUGGGUUUAAAACAGUGUGCAGAUGGAUCAAAAAAUGAAACCAUUCUGGUAAGAACAGUUCUGUUCUUGGAUGUAGUAUAUAUAAUCCAUUAGUAGGUGACAGGGAGCACAGGCAGUGAGUGUACGCACACAGUGUACGCAAAAGAAAUUGUAGGACAGCCAAUGGAGUGCAAUCUGUGGUGCGCUGCAUGAAAGUGUGAAAUUCAGAUUUAUUCCUUAUAUCUCACUUGCUUCUUGAUCCUCUCACUCUUUAUGCAGAGAGAGCUCUUAGUUAUUAUGAGUGACCGCUAGUUUAAAAAGAGAAGACGCACACCAAAGGAGGAAGAGGAAGAUUACUGUGAAGUGCCUGCUGCAAUAAAAAUACUGGAUCUCU